AUGUGCGCAAUCAACAACGGCAACUCAACGACCGUUAAAAUGAUUUCGACAAGAAGAUUAUCCAAGGAGCUGGAGGAAAUCCGCCAAUCUGGAUUCCGAGAAUUCCGCAACAUUGAAGUGGACGAAUCCAACAUUUUGGUCUGGCAGGGUCUCAUCGUUCCUGAAAGCCCCCCAUAUGACAAAGGAGCGUUCCGGGUGGAGAUCAACUUCCCCAGCGAGUACCCCUUCAAGCCCCCCAGGAUCACCUUCAUGACUAAGAUCUACCAUCCCAACGUGGACGAAAAGGGUCACGUGUGCUUGGCCAUCAUCAGCGUGGAGAACUGGAAGCCCGCCACCAGAACUUCACAAGUCAUCCAGUGUCUGAUCUCGCUGGUGAACGUGCCGCAGCCAGAGCGUCCUCUGCGGGCCGAGCUGGCCAACGAGUACACGGAACAUCGAGCGCAGUUCAUGAAGAACGCCGAGGAGUUCACCAGGAGGCACGGCGAGACCCGCCCGGCGGAUUGA